AUGAGAGAAAACGACUUGUCAAUUGAACGGGAGGCAGAAACUCAUGGAGAUAUCUUGCAGAACAUUGCUGCUAUGAGGUAUGUCGCUGGUGUCUGCACCAACGUGGGAGCCGUUCUCAAGAUAGACGACGACGUAGCAUGGGAUGUGAUGAGCACAGCGUCAUUGAUCGAUUCAUCGAUAACAGAAGGAAGUAUCCGCUGCUCUCUAGCUCAACAACCAGCUGCUCGGGAUUCCAAAACCCCACGGGUCACACUCUGGUGUGAGAAGACUGGUUUGUUUGGUUCAAAUGUGAACCUGUGGAAAGUGCUGGGAAUCCCAUGA